GUCUAGCCCGUGUUGUCGCCUCUGCCAUGGAAUUUUGCCCAAAAAACAAAGACGAACGAUCUUUGGAGAAAGCUUUGGCGUGUAUGAUCAACUGCUAGAAAUAAUAGAUCAGAUUCCUCACCCAAAUGACGAAAAAGGGAAUUACAUCUGCGGUAUGUGUUGGAAUAAACUAAACAGAUUGGGUAAAAUCGAAUACGACAUAAAAAGAAAGUUAGAAAAGUUAAAAUCUGAAAGGCAUGACUUGAUACGCGAUUUACGCUUGAAGCACAAGGGCGAUAUAAGCGUACAGCAAGUAUGUACACCUAAAUCCAAAAAACAUUUAAUUGUUCACUCUCCAACACCGAGGAAAGUAAAACAGCUGUUCACUGAAUCCAAGUCCACUCAGCUGACGGAUACUCCAACAUCAUCAUCGAAUCCUGUGGUCGACGACAAAGACAGGAAGAAAGUGAACAUUCAGCUUUUCUCUCCCAGUAAAAUCAAGGUUGUAUACAGAGGUCCAAAAGAAAAGCUGAAAUCCAAAGUUAUCCCUGCUGGAGAUUCACAGAACAUCAUUAGAUGUAUUUCAAGGGGUGAAUCCCACCAGAAAACAUCCAAAGUAAUCUACAAUUCCACUUUACAAGACAAUAUCCAUAACUGUGUGAUCAAAGAUCUCAGAAAGGAACUGAACAAGCUUUCAUCUACCAAGACUAUGUCAUGUCUUAGAAAGACAUCAAGUGACAAGUUAGCCACGAUUAACUUCGAGUCAUGGGAUUUGGAGCUACAGUUACAUUCCCCAUUAUUGUAUAAGAUAAUAUCUGGUUUCUCCAAUCCCCAUAAUCAUGUUGCAGUGGCAGUGAUCGCUGCUGUUAUCCAAAAGAAUCGAGUUAUGCACAUGUCUGCCUUUCAUCAUGCAGUAACUCAAGUUUUGGAUAAUGGUGGAGCAACGGAUGAGUGCAUAAAUCUUCUCAACAAGUUGGGUCUUUGUUUGUCACCAUCUGCUGCGGCAAAGAAGAAGUCUGAUUUGAUAGCAAGGCAAACUGACCACAUACAACGACUGAUGAUUUCAGAAAAGAAAGCCCUCGAAGAAAAUACAGAUUCUCUACCAGCAGUUUUACAAGGCUUCAUCUACCAAUGACCGGGGAACUCUUUCCCAGCUGAGAAACAUUGUUCAUCGAGUUGAUGUUAAAGGAGCAGAAAGAGUUAUCGAAAGUUACAGAGCACACUCUGCUUUCAUUGAUGAUUGCUUAGAUGCUUUCAUUGUUGGUGCCUGUAUGCAUCACUUGAAAAUGGAGAGCAUUGAAUGUGAACCACAGUCCAAACAGAUUCUCUUUGAGGCCAUCUCAUCAGAGGAUAAGAUGCAGUUCAUUGCUAACAUCGCAUCAGAAAUACAGAAAAAGUACAUCAAUCUGGAAAACGGUAUGCUGCUCAUUUUAAUCUACAAACAAGGUCCACAGGCCUUGUUUAUCAUCUGAAUAUUUGUUAAAAGUAU